AGGGGCUGUUCCUGAUAGCAGAUAGACAUUCCAUGUUGACUUUGGGAUCAUGGCGGAUAGCUGAGUCUGGAUUUCAUGUUUUCAUUUAACUGUGUGUAUGUUGACAUCGAGGUGUUGCUGGGUUUUCGUGCUAGAUUUUCAAGUCACUUACGAUUCAAGCAAGUUGACUUUAUAUAUAAAGACUUACCUUAAAGUCAGAAGAUUAAGGUGUGCAAUAUUGCACGUGACUGAGGAGACGAUUACUAUAUCAGUACAUUAACAAUUAUUCAUUAUUUAGUGAUGGGUUUUUCACCGUUGGAUAUACUUUCUUGGAUAUGACUCUACACACUGGAAAACUUAGUAUAUGACAGAUCAGUGUCGGAGAUAACAUGACGAGUCUUUGCAGUCAUCAGUUCGAUCGUUAAAUCAGAAACCUGUAGAUUAUCUUAGAUAAGAUCACGUGACUGAUUGGGCUGGAGCAUGGAGUCAGAGCCCCUUAACCGCCAGCAAUCGUUGAACUCCAGGAGCCACGGAGAAUGGCUCCAGAUACAGAAAACCACAUUCACUAACUGGGUCAACGAAGGACUCCGGCCAAGAGGUAUUACUGUGGAGGAUGUCAGGACGGACUUUGCUGACGGCGUCAAGCUGGUAGCCCUGGUCGAGUCACUAACCAGACACAGAGUUCCAGGUCAUGUCAGCGUCCCUAGCAACGGGAUUCAAAAACUACAGAAUAUAACUAUUGCCCUAGAUGCUCUGACCAAAGAUGGAGUCAAAUUAGUAAAUAUAGACAGUAGCGACAUCCAUGAGUGCAACAUGAAGCUGGUUCUGGCACUUAUCUGGCAGCUGAUUCUCAAGUACCAGGUCGGAUUGUCCGGUCCGCAAAACAAGUCUUGGAUUCUCAAAUGGUUAAAUGCUGUCAUCCCUGAGUGCAACAUCAAGAAUUUUACCACUGACUGGAACAGUGGAUUAGCUUUACACGCACUUUUAGAUUUCUGUAAACCUGGAUUAUCUCCCCAAUGGAGAAACUUGGACAAAGAAAACAAGGUAGACAACUGCAGGAGCGCCCUGAAGAUGGCGCUGCAGAACUUUAACAUUCCCAUGAUCUUGAGACCAGAAGACCUGGCCAGCCCUGACCUGGACGAAAAGUCCGCCAUCACCUACCUCUCGUACUUCAUCAAGGUCGGGGGCCCCGGAUACGACGCCACGCUCCAGAGGGUGUCGGCACGCACCCAGCCGAAGUCUGUCACCAACUUCACUAGCGACUGGCAAGAUGGUGAAGCUUUGGCCAACCUUGUCCGCUCAGCUGGUGGUCAAGUGAAUGUCCAGUCGGAUGAACAAGGGAAACCACUAGCAGUCAUUAAAAAAGCUGUGGAGGCCGGGAAAGAGCUUGGUGUUGAUCCUUUACUGAGUGCAGAAGACAUUGCUUCAGACUCCCCGGAACACCUCGGGAUGAUGGCGUACGGCGCCCAGUAUCUGCGACAGCCGAAUGUCGUAACAUACAGCAACCACGCCAACGAGACGGUUGUCAUCGUGAACCGGAAACAGGACACGGCAGUGGACCACAAUGGUCAUCUGAAUGACCACAAUGAGAUCAUCAGUAGAUUGCACACACAUAACAAGGACCACAGCGGAUAUAAUAACAAUAAUGACAGCUUCAAGGAUAAAAAUCAUGCGCCGGAGAUGAAACCACUGAAGAUAACGACAUUCAGAGAAGAUGAUGAAUUCAUUUCAUCGCAUGUCGCCAAACUGGCCUCCCCUGCUGCCCCGCCACAGACCAAAACUUUCCAUCUGGUUCGAAAAUCUUCAUUCCAUGCCCCCAGGGUAGAGAUGCCCAGUAGUGAGCAGCUCAAAGUGGACAUCUACAGCGUUGGAGUCAUUAUGGAGAGCAGGAUGAGUGGUCUGUUUGAUCCAGAGAGAUUUCGGGUGGAAGCCGAAGCCCCCAGCGGGAGAGUAAUCCGUAUCUCAGGUGAUGGCAACUACGCUGCACAGUUUAACGCAGACGAGAUCGGCAGAUGGAAAGUGGCAAUGUACUAUGACAACAAGUUCAUGGACGGCUGCCCCAUCGAUGUCUGCGACCCCUCCCAAGUCCGAGUGCAUGACCUCCAUGGCGGACUUGUGGGCAAAUCCAACUCUUUCCAGGUUGAUUGUUCUCGUGCUGGACAUGGAGACCUUGGGGUCGACAUCACACACCAGGGAAAGAAAAUCCUUUCUCACAUUUCCCCAACUCAAACACCCGGAUAUUAUAAGGUGACCUUCACCCCGUACUCACCAGGGGCUUAUGCGAUCAACGUGCACUUCAAUAGGGCAGAAGUCAGAGAAGGGUAUCAUGAGUUCCUGGACCCAUCCGAGAGGCAACGGAAGGCUGUAUUCUACACAAGAGUAGAGCCGGAGCUAGGCUAUGUCAAUGUCAAGGCUUCAUGUGACUGGGAGAUUGAAUAUAUUACUGGCCAUCCUUUCAUUUGUCAUGUGACUGACUCCUCUGACAUUGCAGUGUACGGGAUGCAGGAUGGAACAGUCUGUGCCCAUCCUGAAAUGAUAGCUGAUUGCACAAGGGUAGGUGAUGGUAGGAUAGAUGCUGAAGUCACUUAUCAGGGCACCAGGUUCCCAUGUGAGGUGAAGAAAGACAAACCCUGUAUCUACAAGGUGUCGUUCAGGCCUAGAGGACCAGGGACCUACAAAGUGUGGAUUAACUAUGAUGGCCAGCCAAUUAAAGGAUCUCCAUUUAUUCAGGAAAUCGCCGAGCUUGAAAAACCUUCAGCACGAGGUGAUGGCCUUUACAGAGGUGUACCCAAUAAACCAGCGACAUUCAUUGUGGAUCCAAGGGGGUUUCCUGGAGAAGUUUCUGUUUCUGUUGAAGGGCCUUCUAAGCCAGUGCAGAGCACACUGGAGCGUCUGCCAGAUGACACAAUCAAAGCUACAUACUAUCCCAUAGAGAGAGGGCCACACACUGUGCGGGUGAAAAUGGAUGACAAGCAUAUUGAUGGUAGUCCAUUCAAGCCUUUGAUUGUUGAUCCUGUCAAUGUUCGUGUGUCUGGGGGCUGGAGGCCAUAUCUCGAUGACACAGGCGUCAUCCCACUCAAGGUCAAUAAAGAAAAACACCUGCCUUUUGAUGUUUCAGAAGCAGGACCAGGUGAACUCACAGCGGAAGUGGAAGGUCCUAAUGGCAAAAUUCCUGUUGCUAUUGAUGCCAGAAAAGACGGCAAGCAUUCAGUGGUGUUUACACCAAGAGAGGAAGGCAAACAUAACAUUCAUGUGAAAUGGGGAGGCUACCCUUUGUCCAAUUCUCCGUAUCUGGGAAUAGCAACUCAUGAGCCUGAGCUUGAUGAAACAGACUUUGCUAGAGUGCUUCACAUUCCAUUUGACAAGUUUUCAAGCCCUGAUGGCUCUGUAGUUGGCUCAGACUUGCCUCCUGCCACCAUCCACUACCAUGAACCAGAGGUCCAUAAGCCAGUGGAAUAUAGAGCCAUUCCACCCAAGGAAAAACAUAAGCCUACCACAGUAAUCUACACCCCCAGUAAUGCCGUAGUUAACGGCCCACCUAAAGAAACUUACCAGCCUCCAUUAGUAUACUACAGUCCAUCUGAUGAUGACUUGACCAAACCAAAGGUGAUUGAGUAUAAUCCAGAUCACAAGCAGACAAGAGUUAAGGUGUUGCCUGUCCAGAAUGCAGCCCCACCUAAAGCCAAAGAGGUGGACAGUCUCCCUCUACUUGAACUUACAGAAACAAUCUCCAGAAAUAGACCGACCUCGUCACGUUCUUCCACUGCUUCUCAAACUAAUUCUCCACGAGAAUCUCAGAAGGUGAUUUUAAGUGGGAAAGGCCUGAAAGAAGCUGAAGUUGGGAAACCUGCCAAGUUUAAAGUGGAUGGAACAGCAGCAAAUCCUGGUCGACCUAAAGCUCAUUUGCAAGGUGUCAGGGAAAACAUUCCAGUAACUUCUGAACCUGUUAUCCCACAAAUCUAUGACUGCACUUACGUCCCUCAGAAACCAGGAGCAUAUCUUCUGUAUAUAGAUUGGAAUGACAAACCAUUAAAAGGUUCUCCUUUCAAGGUGAAUGUCAGAGAGCCAGCCCAGCCUCAGAAAGUGACCACAGUGAAACCAAACCAAAAUGUGUACAUGGGGAAAGAUUUGGAAAUGAAGAUAGACCCAAGAGAAGCUGGACCAGGUAAACUGACUGUGACCUGCCUGGAUCCUUUGAAAAGAUCGGUUCCUGUGCAACUCAAUGACAACUUCGAUGGCACCAAAUCCCUGAAAGUAACACCACAGAUGGCUGGCCGCCAUAUUGUUGACAUUCGCUAUGACGGCAAACACAUCAUGGGAAGUCCUUAUGCUAUUGAUAUCAAAGAGAGUCAAGUAAAAGGUCAGGUUAAAGUCUGGGGUCCUGGCAUUCAAAGUGGCAUCCUCCCAGAGUUCAGAGGCACCUUCUGGGUGGAGACAACAGGAGCUGGUGCUGGGGAGUUGACCGUAAGGAUCAAUGGACCUAAAGGAGCAUUUAAAGUCAUGAUGGUGCAGCCCAGCAAGAAGGACAAGAUCUAUCAAUAUAUCUACGACCCAGUGGAGCCUGGCAUCUACCACGUGGAUGUCAAGUGGUCAGGUUUGCAUGUGAAUGGAAGUCCGUUCCGGGUUCUCCUGGCCGAGAAUGCAGUGGAGCUGAACAUCAUGGCUGCUGAAGUGGACAACAAUCUUUUGAACACGUUGGAUGUUGACAAUAUCAGGAGAAGCAACAGAGGCAGCAACAGGGGCAGCCAACUGAAUGAAUUGUUAUAUUGACCAUGACAUUGUGUGCUAGAGUUAUAGAUGUUUCAAGGAAGUAAUAGAGUUCAAGCAUAAAUUCAAUUAUAACAAAGUCAGUUGUAACAAACUCAGAUAUAGCAAGUCAUUUGCUGCGUUUGUACAAAAGAUUCACAAUUGAUAACAACAAAUAACCUAUAAAAUAGAAAUGUUAAGAUCUGGACGAAUGUACAAAAACAUUAAGUAUAUCUUGUAAUUAUAAUAGUUUAAUUCAUUAAUUAAGUGUUUGAACGGUAUGACAUGCAUAGCUUGGAUUAUUUUAAUGAUGAUUUUUAAUGUAUCAAUACUUGAGAAAGCUCACAUCAUGUUCAAAAGCAGUAAAUCUUUUAAAAUCAAUGUCCUGCAGAAUUGUUUUCUUUCUCCUCACUGCCCCCUUCUCUCCAUGCUCUGUUGUGUACUGUUUGGUACAGGAAUUUCAUGGUAAUUUAGUGAAGUAGUCUACACAUUAUGUCAGCAUGAAAUCAUCUAUUCAUUAUACAUGUCAUUAUACAUUUCACAUUGCCUGCGGAAUUGAAACAGGAAUGUUUUUAGAGUCGGCAGUCACCAUGAACAUUUUAUAAACAUUUUUGUGUUUGUCGGAAGCCUAAAUCUAUGUUUGAUUAUGAGUUUUUGAGUUUAGGCACAUCUGCACAAUUUAGGCCAUGUCCUGCCUGUAAUCCUUUAAGGAUCACUCUCCCUUUACAUAACAAGGGCUAAAUUCUAUACAGUUUGAUUAUAAUUGUAAUGUAAGGUUGAAUUAGUGUGUUAUUAUUAAUCUAUGAGUUUUAGACUUAAAUGUUUCUAUUAGAUUUCUAUUAAGCCUUUAAACAAAGAAAAAAAAAAAAAAAAGCUAAAAGUUGUCAAUUGCAAACACCAAACUUAUCUGAGCUUAAAAUGUAAUAUUUAAAUCUUAACAUUACAGACUGCAAAAUGCAAAUAUGCCAUAACUGUUUUAAUGUUGAAAUUGUGACCUAUAUUGUGACAAAGUGACUCAUUAACUGAGCUGUUUACCACUGAUAUAGUUCUAUCAACAAUAUCUGUUACUCAACUUGUUAGCUAAAAAUUUAAUGCCAGUCAAGGUUGAAUGGAAUGAUUGUUGUAUGGAAACAUAUUCUAGGUGUAAAAAUACAAUAUUUCUGUUUUAUCAUAGAUUUUAUUAUUAAAUGUGUAGAUUUGUCAUACCAGUAUAUCAACAUAUAAUGUGCCUUAUUCAGUGUGACUCCAAUAAAUAUUUCUGCAUUACGGAUAUACAAAACAUUGUAUCAGUUUGAUAAUGCAUCAGUUUAUAUUUUUUGUGUAGUUGUAGCAGUUUGUAAGGUGCAAAAGGAUAACCUGUUCUGUAUAAAAAGUAAUGUCUGUGUUUUUUUUAGACUAGGUUAUUAUAAUAAAAAUUAAGUAAGUAUGUUUGCAGCCAAGACCUUAAAAUAUUCUCUUUUUUUAUGCCGACAUUAGUUCCAGAGUUUGGCUGGCUGCAUGAUCAUCAAGUCAUCCCUAGUGCUAUUAGAGCAUGGAAUGGGUUGCCUGGAAAACCAGUGACUUGGCAGAAUUUUUAAGUCAUUGAUUAAAAUACAUGAUUACAUUGACUUAGAUGUAUUUUAUAAGAUAGAAACCUGCCACUGCCAUCCUAUCUGUCCUACAAAACAAGCAGAUCAAUCACUUGUUACUAUUUAGUGGUUCUCAUGUAAUCAGCAGAGAUUGCUGUCAAUUAAUGGGGGUCUAUGGCACUUACAAUUUUGAAACCUAUUUAUACCUAUUAAUGCCAUAUGGUCCACCAUUUAUUUUUAGUAUGUUAAUUAUCGUUAAUAUGUGUUCCAUUAUUCAAAUUAUGUGUCUGGAUAGUAAGGUCUCUAGGCUUUUUUGUCUACAUGUAUUGCGUAGUCUUAUAACACAAGGCAAAAUUUAGCAUAAAAUUAUUUUUAUAUUUCAAAAUCUGUAUCAAGAUUGCUGUUGUCUUAUUGCUCAAGAUUCAAACAGGUAGUGUCUUGGGUAUCUAGGCUUUGGUGAUAUAGAUCUACUCUUUGCCUUAACCUAUCCCUUAGUCUGUUGGACCGUUGGGGUGCCAAGCAAGAUAUGUCAUCCGUCUUUCUCCAUUCCUCCCUGUCUUUAGCCCUGUUUAAAACCUCUAUCAAUGGUAGGUCCGUCCAUUCUUUUAUGUUGUCCUCCCAUCGCUUUCUCUGUCUGCCUCUUCUUCUUUUUCCUGGUACUGAUCCCUGAAGGAAGGUCUUUGCGAGCCCCGUGGAUCUUGUAAUAUGGCCAUAUAUUUUAAGCUUGCGUUUCUUUACAAUAGUUAGCAGGUCUGAUCGCUGCAGUAACCCCCGUCUCUAAUCUCUUGUUUUGUGAUGCGGUCUUGGAAAGUGAUGCCCAGGAUCCUUCUGUAGCAUCUCAAUUCCAUUGCUAGGAUCCUCCUCUCCACUUACUCUGGUUAUAUAGCUCUACUUACUCUGGUUAUAUAGCUCUACUUACUCUGGUUAUAUAGCUCCACUUACUCUGGUUAUAUAGCUCCACUUACUCAGGUUAUAUAGCUCUACUUACUCUGGUUAUAUAGCUCUACUUACUCUGGUUAUAUAGCUCUACUUUCUCUGGUUAUAUAGCUCUACUUACUCAGGUUUUACCUACACUCAAGUUAUUUAGAUCUACUUACUUUGGUGUUUUGAAUGCUCUACAAAUAUUGAACCUGUCAGAGAGCUAAAUCUUAUACUCUUGACUUUAUAGUUUCUCACUUCUGUGCAAUAGUAGACAUUUCUGAAUGAAGGAAUAUAUUUAUACAUUUGUAUGUAACUGGGAAUCAAGUGAAAUGUCUUGCUAAUUGAUUUACUGUUAUCUUUCUUUUUGUAUCAAUUUUUUUUCCACAACUGCUGAUUGUAUCAUAUUUACCUAGAAAAUGUUAUGUUUGGUUUGAAUGGACCUCAUUCACCAAUCGUAACCAAACAACAUUUAGCCAUGUGAUUCUAUAUAUCUUCUAUACAAAUUAUGUAAUCCUUAAAGGCUGUCACGUGAUACAUAUCUUUCAUUGUUUUUCAUUGUUUUAUCAAUAUUAUGAUGUGGCUAAAUGUGUUUAUUUACGAUUGGUGAAUGAGGUCCAUUGUAUUUAUUGUGGAAAACAAAUUAUAUGUAAUAACUGAUGUAUGCAAAUAUAUUUAUUAGAAUUGUAAUAAAACAUUUAAUGGAA